AUGAAGGGAGGAACAAUACAGAUUAGCUGGCACGAUGGGAAGCCAGUCCUAACCCUUGAUUUUCACCCGAUUUCCGGCUUACUCGCCACCGCCGGGGCCGAUCACGAUAUCAAGCUAUGGUUAAUAAACUCUGGUCAAGCGCAGAAGAAGCUUCCCAGUGUAACUUACCAGAGCAGCCUUACUUACCAUGGAUGUGCUGUAAAUACCAUUCGUUUUUCUCUAUCUGGAGAACUACUUGCCUCAGGAGCAGACGGAGGCGAGCUUAUCAUAUGGAAGUUGCAUACUAGUGAAACCAAUCAGUCCUGGAAAGUUCACAAGUCAUUAUCAUUUCAUCGAAAGGACGUCUUGGAUCUUCAGUGGUCUCCUGAUGGUGCUUUCCUGAUUUCUGGCUCAGUGGACAACUCUUGCAUUAUAUGGGACGUUAACAAAGGUUCCGUCCAUCAGAUUCUGGAUUCCCACUGUCAUUAUGUUCAAGGUGUUGCCUGGGACCCUUUAGGAGAAUAUGCAGCCUCGCUUAGUUCAGAUAGAACAUGCCGGAUUUACGUCAAUAGGCCACAAAAAAAGGGUAAAAAAAAAAGUGAUGAAAAAAUGAACUAUGUUUGUCAGCAUGUUAUCACGAAAGUAGAUCAGAAACGGAAAGAUGAAACUAAGAAAACAAAAACCCAUCUCUUUCAUGAUGAGACAUUGCCUUCUUUCUUCCGAAGAUUGUCAUGGUCACCUGAUGGAUCCUUUUUACUCAUUCCAGCAGGCUCUCUCAAGCUUUUACCCACAUCCAAAGCUUUAAAUGCUACCUAUGUUUUCUCUAGAAAGGACCUUUCAAGACCUGCACUGCAGCUUCCAGUUGCCAGCAAACCGGUCGUAGUGGUUCGUUUUUGCCCUGUUGCAUUCAAACUCCGUGGCUCAAAUACUGGAGAAGGUUUCUUCAAGCUUCCUUACCGGCUUGUCUUUGCCAUAGCAACUCUAAAUUCGGUCUACAUAUAUGACACAGAAUGUGUCGCUCCAAUUGCAGUCUUAGCAGGUCUCCACUACGCUGCAAUAACCGAUGUAACAUGGUCACCUAAUGCCUCGUAUCUGGCAGUGUCGUCACAAGAUGGCUAUUGUACACUAGUUGAAUUUGAAGAUAACGAAAUAGGAGAAGCUGUCUCCAUUAAAGCCCGAAAGAAACCAGUGGAUGGCAAGGAGAAAAAGCAUGUUCUGGAGAAAGCCGAUGAGCUGAUGACCGAAGCAAGACCAGACGAGAGCAAGAUACAGGCAGUAUCAAAACAAACUGAAAAGAGGAAAAAGCCAUUGCAGAGGAAAAUUACCACAUAUGGUGAGGAGAAAGAGCAGGUUAUGCAGAAGACUGAUGCUGUGAUGACGGAAACAAGACGAGAGGAUGAGAAACAGCCAUUGCCGAGCAAAGUUAACAAACCGCUUUCAAAGAAACCGGCGAAAAAGCGUAUCACACCGAUGGCUAUUGACCCGUAA